AUGGGCACUGUGCACGCAAAGUCGGAGCCGAGCAGCGGUGACAGCGUUGGCGCGGGGACAGGGACGGGACUGUUUGAGUUCGAGGAGCCAUUGGAGAUAGACGAUGAACCGGUCUCCAAGCCCACGAUCAAACUCAAUGGAGUGCGGGCUCGCGUGGACCGCGUGCACGUGGACGGUCUGUCGCGCACCAAGGACGACGUCAUCCGCUCCACCGUGGACGAACUGUUCCACGCCACAGACUUCGAAGACGUCAUCCUGCGCGCGCACAAGGUCCGGCGCGCCCUAGACGCGAUGGGUUGCUUCCGAGAGAUCGGCGUGCUCAUCGACGUGUCUUCGGGGCCCGACGCCACGCCCGAGGGGCUCGAGGUCACGUUCCAGGUGCGGGAGCUGUCGCGCGUGGUGGGCGGCGUCAACACCACUGUCAGCGAGAACGAAGGGAACCUGGUGCUCGGUGUGAAAAUGCCGAACGUAUUGGGUCGCGGUGAGAAGCUGCAGGCAGAGUACAGCAUGGGGUACCGCAGCUCGUCCAACUUCAGCAUCGCCGCCACCAAACCUUACCCACAGAAACCGCUAGUGCCAGUGUUGUCAGCGACUGUAUACCAGCAGAACCACGAGUACCCGUGGUCUGGCUACCGGCUGCUGGACCGCGGCCUCUUGCUUGACGUCGCCUUCAAGACAUCGCCUGUCACGAAACACAACAUACAGUGGGAGGGUUUGGUGCGAGACACAUCCGUACUGAGCAAGACCACCAGCUUCAAGGUGCGGGAGAGCAGCGGUCCGCAGAUGAAAUCGAUCCUGCGUCACAUCGUGGCGGUAGAUCACCGAGACGAACCUAUUUUCCCGACGCGUGGUACGUGGGUGCAGUUCACGUCGGAGGUGGCGGGGCUCGGGGGGGGCGUCGCCAACCUCAAAACCGAGCUGCACGCUCAGGCCAACGCGCAGCUCAUCGAGGACGUCGUGCUCCAAGGCACGUGCGCGCUGGGCGUAUUGCACGACGUGUUCGGGACGGAGCUGCCCGACCACCUGUACCUAGGCGGACCCACCACGCUACGCGGCUUCCGGCAGAGGGGCGUGGGACCGCACAGCGACGGACAGGCCACGGGCGGCCGGAUGUACUGGGCGAGCGGGCUGCACGUGUUCGCGCCGCUGCCGUUCGUGGGCGCGCGCGGCGGGCUGGGCGCGCUGUUCCGCUCGCACGUGUUCGUGAACGCGGGCUGCCUGGCGGCGCCGGACGCGGGCGCGGCGCUGGCGGCGCUGGGCGCGUGGCGCGCGGCGUGCGGCGCGGGCGUGUGCGUGCGCCUCGGCCGCGUGGCGCGCCUCGAGCUCAACUACUGCGUGCCGCUGCGCGCGCUGCCGCACGACGCGCACGCGCCCGGCCUGCAGUUCGGCGUCGGCGCUGACUUCUUGUAG